AUGGAGCAAUGGGCUAUUGAAAAUUUUAUGGACUCACCCAUUUCCUAUCUGGGCCAGCUCAAACAUCUAUCUAAAUUGGGAGAAACAGAAGGAAUUAACGAAACUACCUGCAUUCAAGAAUCGAUAGGUACGAAAAAAUGGAGAAGAAAGGAGAAGGGCACUAUUCCUCCACUUCGAACAAGUUCCCAAAUGAAUCCAAAUGGAAAACGAAAGCAGGGUGAAGGUAACAAGGAUCGGACUUCAGGUUUGGGAGGGAAUGCUAAGAAAAAAGUUAAAGUAAGUUUUGAACCAAGGGUUUUAUCUGUGGAACAAAUGGAAGAGAUAACGGUGGGAUCUGUAGAGGCGCAUGGGAGUUCAAGGGGUUUAGCGUUGUUAUGGCAGAAGGAUCUAAAUGUGGUGUUGCAGAGUCCCUCCGGUGGACACAUUGAUGUCGUGGUUAAUGUGGGGGGUGAUAGCAGAUCAUGGAGGUUAACGGGGAUUUACGGGGAAUCAGAGAUUUAG